AUGGCCGAGACUAUCUGGUUCACAAAGCUGGCACUGUUUACUCUGUUCCCCAUGGAAAACGUUGCUGACCCCAGGACUGUUAGAGAAACAGGAAGCCAUCGCCAGCAGGUUCCAAUACCCCUAGUGGUGCGAAACCCAAAGGAAAACGAGUACAAGGUUUCUGUGGCAGAUGCAUUAAAAACCAGUGGGAAAAUGCCGGAAGGUGGAAAGAAACCCAACCCGCUUCAGAAAAACAGAGGCACUUCCGAUUUGAGUGGGGUUGCCAAGGGCGAUCUGCAGUCCACGAUGCUGGAAGGACAUGGAACUGCCCCACCAGACCUGGAUCUUUCUGCCAUCAAUGAUAAAAGUAUGGUCAAAAAGACUCCACAGUUGGAAAAGACGAUGACACAGAAAAAUAAUUCCAGUUCAUUUUCUUCUUUACGGAAAAAGAGCCCUGAUUUGUCCGAAUCAAUGGACAUGAUGGAGUCUCAGACGUUGCUCCUCACACUGCUGACCGUCAAGAUGGAGAAUAGUCUUGCCCAGCUGGAGGAGAAGGCAGAACACAAUCUGUUGGCCAUGUGCCAGGAGCAGGAGAAGCUCCAGAAGAAGGUACAGGAGCUGCGGGCCAGACAAGUGCUCGGCCUGAGGACUCGGGAGCUGCUGGGCAUGCUGAAUGCACAGGCAGAGCUGCUCACCCCCUUCACAACAGUGGCUGGAAGCUUCGAGGAGCAGUACAAGACCUUCGCAACAGCCCUGGACUGCACAAGGCACGAGCUUCCAGUGACAGCCAUCCACCUGGAAGGUGGUAGCCAGCAGUUCCUGGACCACCUGCAGAAGGAGCUGGCCACCACACACUCUCUGCUGGGCGAACUUGGGGCCAGCCACUCAGAGGAGAGCGUGAAGGCGCUGGAUUUCCUGAGAGAACUCAAGGACGUGACCAUGAAGAAAGACUUGGAACUCCGAAGGAGCUUCGCCCAGGUGCUGGAACUGUCUGCCGAAGCAAGCCAGGAGGCGGCCUUAAUUAACCAGGACGUCUGGGAAGAGACCCAGGGCCCCACAGCUCUGAGCCAGUGGUACUUCCACUGCAAGGGUGAUGGUGGGGAGCCCUGUGGAGGAGACCUUCAGAGCAGGCCCCUCCUGGUCAACGACAUGCCAUGUACACCAUGA